CGCACCCCCCUCCCCCUCCACCUCCCGGCGUGGUGGGCGUGGGCGUGUCGGGGCGGCUGCAUGGCUCCUCAGCGGCGCGCCGGGCCCAGGGCCCCCGACGGCGGCGCCCCGGCGGCGGAACGGCGGCGCCCCCCCAGUGUCAAGAAGGGCCGACUCCAGGAGGAGUCCCUGCGGCAGAAGUGGCUAAAAGCGGCGUUCCUGGGGUCCUCGGCCAUCCUCGGCGGGCUCCUGCUCUGGAGCUGCGUGAGUGGGGAUGACGGCGUGACCGAGGUCCUGGCCCAGCAGAGCGAAGUGCUGCAGGACCGGUUCGUCGAGGUGCCCUGUUCCGAGGACUAUGACAGCCACAAGAGAUUUGAAGGGUGCACGCCCAGGAGGUGUGGCCGAGGUGUGACCGACACCGUGAUCACGCGGGAGGAAGCAGAACGAAUCCGCCGCAUAGCCGAGCGAGGGCUGGCCCUGGGAGGAUCCGAUGGAGGGGCUUCGAUCUUGGACCUGCACUCCGGAGCUCUGUCGGUGGGGAAACAUUUUGUCAACCUGUACAGAUACUUCGGGGAUAAAAUCCAGGAGAUCUUCUCCGAAGAGGAUUUCCAAAUUUACCGGGAGGCACGGCAGAAAAUCCAGCAUACAAUUGCGGCAUUCGGGCUCCGCCCUUCUUCCAUGUACCUGACCAAACCGACGUUUUUCUCCCGCAUCAACAACACCGAGGCCAAGACCACGCAUGACGAGUACUGGCACCCGCACAUCGACAAGGUGCCAGGGUAUGGUGACCUACGUUCCUUUGACUACACAUCGCUGCUGUACCUUUCGGACUAACCGGAGGAUUUUGGCGGAGGGCGGUUUGUCUUCAUGGACGAAGGUGCCAACAGGACAGUGGAGCCACGAGCAGGACGUAUUUCUUUCUUCACCUCGGGCUCGGAGAACCUCCACCGUGUGGAGAAGGUCCGCUGGGCACCGCUUCGCCAUCACAUCUCUUUCACCUGCAACCCGGAUCAUGGCAUCGGUGACCCCGCCUUCACCUGAUGACCGCGGCCAAGCUGGCGCAGGGGAGAGCGCGGUGGCGGGACACCGAAUCUCGACUAAGCCCCGGGCACCGCCACCGCAGAGACCCACCUCCAGGUACCUCGUUGUACUGGACAGGUUCCUCCCUCCCUCCCUCCCUCCUUCCCUCACCUCACCCAUCGCUGAGUGCCUUAGAGGCCCACGAGGGCAGGGGCUUGUCUCCUCAUGGCUGAACUAGUGAGGACCCAAGCUAGUCUUCCUCCUUAUCUCUGGCUGGCAGAGGGACAGGGGAAGGGGGGCCAGGACCGGCCCCCGAGCAGGGAGCAUUUUUAGCGUCGUGUCACCCAGGCUUCCUGCAAGUCGGGGUUCCGCUCCCUCUUCGAGGACCAUCUUCCCUGCUCAGUUCAGUCCAGCACGAGCCCCGUGGUGGUUCAGCCUUGAAAUCACCGAUCUCCAACGCUGUGAGUCCUUGGGGGUGCCAUCCCCCUCCCCUCACCAGCCCAGCCCCGUCCCUAGACCACCCUGAUGUGUUUCCCUGAUCUCCCUGUGCCGGAUGGGUUGUUUCUAAAAAGCAUCCAUCCCCUUUCCCCCAAUUCCCUGCUUCCGGCUCCCUGCACUCCCCCUCCAGCCGAGCCGGAUUUUGAAGGAGAGUGUGUGAAUCAGUUUAGCAGACCACCGCCUGCGAUCAGCUCGGAAACUCUUUUCUGCCUCAGUUUCCCCUCUGAACGUAAAUUGCCUCCAACCCCCUGAAGAAUGCCAGUGUUGCGGCUGGAGCCAAGCAGAGUCACGUUUCCAGUGGCAGGGAGUUUGGCUUAAAUCCUGCUGGAGCCUGAGGGGAAAAACAUCAGCAGGAGAGGUGGAGAAGAGAGGGGAGGCAGAGAAGGAGGAGGGAGAGGCAGAGAGGUUGUGUCUUGGUCUGAGGUCAGCGAGGCCUAGGAGUGCCGGCUGCCUACGCACCAACCUGCUGAUGUGUUCCCCGGCCCCUUCCUCUCCCCCAGCCCUCAUCUCGAUCCCGGGACUGCUAAACCUGGAGGCCACUAUCUGCUGGGGUCACCCUCUAGGAGGGGAGUUAAUGGGAGAGGCAGAAGAAGGGUCGGGGGGAAGGGGUAAAGGACAGGUGACCAAAGUGAGGGAAAUUUGUUUCCAAGAGAAACUGAAAGGGGCCCCUCCGUGCCCUUUCGUCGGCUCCGUCCAGCGGCCCGGGGCCUCUCGUCCACCGGCCUGCCACCCGCCACAGCCGUCGUCUCCUCGGAGAGGAAAGGGCCCGGGUGCAGCAUUGCCCUGCCCCCAUGGCCCUCACUCUGGCCUUAGGGACUUGGAGGCCCGUUCCCCUGAUGAGGUCACCUGUUCCCUUCCUUUGGAAGUAGGACCAUCGUCGCUCAUCUGCUAUCUCUCAGAAAAGGAAUAAACAUUAUGAGAAACUGUGA